AUGCCGGGUGUUCCGUCAUAUCGUGGCUGUGACGAAUGCCGCAGACACAAAAAGAAGUGUGAUCAAACAUCUACCGCCUGCGAGAGAUGCUUGCGCCUUAACAUGCCAUGCGUGGGCAAAGGUCAGCUACGAUACAAAUUUGUAUCCCAAACGGUGGGAUGCCAUCGACAGCACCAAUGGAAAACAUUGCCACAAUCCCGUCCCGUCUCAUGGAUGCCGCCUCAAGUGCCCAGCAAUGCAGCCGACAUGCUCUCGGCCGAGUUUACUUCAUUGUUGAUCAUUAUGAAUCUUAAGUAUAAUCUUGCUUGCUUCGGAGACUGGUUCGCCAGCAUACCUAUGCGACUCGGUGCUAAUGAGGUCCUUGACGCGGCAGCCGAUGCAUUUAUUCAAGGCUAUGCUGCGUUAAGGGGACGCCGUGCUGGACGCAUCGUGGAAGCCCUGUCUAAGUAUGGGCAUGCGCUAAGUCUACUGCGAAAGGCAUUGCAAGAUCUGGUUAAAGCAAAGUCGCCUAAUGUGCUCGGUGCGAUCUUCCUCCUUAUAGUGUCACAGAGCUGGUGUUCAAGGGAGCUGGAGAUGGUGCGGACUAGCCAUAUGGACGGCAUUGUAUACGUGCUAAAUGCUAGUGCGGGUGAAGAAUGGAAGGAUGAGUUGGAAGCAGGAUUGCGCCUCAGCAUGCUCUACGCGGCUGCAAUCACCAAUCCAGCCUUCAACAUCGAUCCCUGGUACCGUUCAUUCCAUAAUCCCGUCUACGGACCCCACUGCUCCCUUGGCAGAGAUCUCAUUCAAGCUGUCCGGAGUCUUGACUUUCUUGUCACAAUGAACAUUCCGAAGUUCAUCCGCAAGCCAGAGCUCUACUCCAAUGAGCUGCAUGCGAUAUACCAACGCCUGCUGCUGGAAAAACCUUUUAUUAUGAAAUGUAUACCUGCAACAACUGAGACUGCGGAUUUGGAAGAUUCUCAUUGGGCCGACAAUGAUGGCGGGCGGGUACAGUUGGAAGGGCGGUAUAUAUCACUACUUUGCUACGCCCUGAUUCUCAAUGCAUUUCUUUCGGCGCUUAAUCCCCUAAACACUAUAUUAUACAGCGAGGCAGUCGACCUUGCCCGGGAGGCUGUGAGAAUCUCCAACGUUCUGGCUUCUCAUGUUCCCAGCAGCUGCGCCAAGCUUAUGCCUGCCGGCUUGUUUGCAGCGUGGUUGGCUACAAAUGAAGCGGAGAUUAUUAGCGGCAUUCAAGACACGCUUGCGAAGCAUGAAGUCUAUUUUGUCGAUGCGAAUUAUCUGCGUCGGUUCGACACACUGAAAAAGCAGAUUCGGGGGCUUAGAGAGAAAAAGUGGGCGGCUAUGGAAUCAAGCCUUAUGCUUGACGGAUGUUGGGAUAUAUCUGCUGCUUUUGGGCUGAAAUAA